GGACAGAUACAAACGAAAAUAAGGUGUCGCACACUCAAGACGCGCACACACACACGCCUUCACACGUGCGGGUACAGACGUGUUUGAAGUAGAGAAGGGGAGCAGUACGGAGACCGAUAAAUCAUCUACAUUUAAAAACGAAGAGGUUCGCUUUGUUGCCUCUGCGUCUGUGGUGUCUGAGGUUGUCUGGAUGUCCGCGUGAGACUGAUAUGGGUGGCUUUGAACUCCAGCACAUGCAAUCUAUACAAUAACAAAAAAGAAUCGAACUACAUAGAUAUUUAUACAUAUACACACUCACACACACGCCUUCACCUGCGCGCCUCCUUUACUCGCCACCGGAGGGAAGUCUUCUCUCUCUCUCUCUCUAUAUAUAUAUGCAGAUUUUCUUUCUUUGCUCUUUAGUCUGUUGCUGUCGUAUUUUGGGUUUCCUCAUUGUUUCUCAUAUUUAUUUUUGUUUCUUUAGCAUCUCAGCCAGUGCUUCUUGCAACGGAGAAAAGACCCGACGGAGCGACAUGCCGAUAGCGCGCACCAUCGUGCCACCUUUCUCUAACGAAGCUCAAGUACAUCGGCUUCUCCCUUCGCACGGCUGGGCACCAGAGGUGAGUUAACCCCCAACCCCAACCCCACCCGCCGGGCAUUACUGUUCUUUUCCUUCGUUUCCUAUCCCUUCAAUAGAGCGAGAGACAGUCGCAUCCUCAUCGCUUUUCCCGUGCGUGUCCGUGUCUGUGUCAGACCUGUCGCCUUUUGGGGGGUGCGGGUGCUUCCAGUUCUGUGUACCGCGCUCUCCCUCCUCCCGUAAACAUUUGCUUUGACGUCGCGCAUUGGCGCCGUGUGUGUUCCUCUCUCUCGCCGUUUCAAAAAAUUGCAUCGUCGUCUGUUUUUUGUUUUGGUCUCUUGUCCUUCGCACUCUCUCCCUUCUCUUUUAUGCCGCCAAAGCGCAAUGCGCGGAAGACGGCUGCAAAGCCAGCGGCUGCGCGCGCGAAGACGUCCUCCGCACCGGCGAAGGCGGCUGCACCGCGCGCCUCAAGGGCCGCAUCUUCCUCCUCCGCUUCCACAUCAAAAACGGCCGCCACCGCCGCUCGCAGGCGAUCAGCAGCCGUGAAGCGUGCUGCGGAGAAAAGCAAGAGGACGGUGUUGUCCACCGGCAAACCACGCAGCAACGCGAAUCGUGCGUUAAGCAGCAAACUACCGGUGAAGCCGCAACCGAAGACGGCGGUCUCUCGCGCAAGACCGUCGACGUCGAGAACGCAACGAGGAAGGGGGAGCUCGAGAGCGUCAGGCAAAGACGACGAGCAACAGCAUGACGAUGACAAAACGAGUAAGAGUGAGAGGGAUGACCAGGUCGGUAGCAGCGCCAUGAGGACGCCGGUUGACAUCAGCGAUGUUGAGGGCGGCACGUUCCACGACGACGACGAUGUGGUGCUCCUCCAUAGCAGCUCCGAGCUCGCAGCAGCGGCAGAUGCUGCGCCAUCGGCAGCGGUGCUCUUCUCGACGCCUUCAAAAACAGACGCCACCGAAGGUGGGAGACAACAAGGUCGUCAUCGGUCGCAUCCGCUACGUGGAGGCGAAGAUGAAGAUGAGCAGCAGAGCAGAGAGACGAGUCCCGCGAUGCUCACGGCUGAUAGUGAAAGCAAGCGGAGCAGCCACCGCUGGCACAACCAUUUUACCUCCAACGCCGCCUCAGCGACGCAGCUGCGGGGAGAAGAAGAUAAAGCAGAAGAGGCGGAAUGCAUGAAGGACGACACAAGCCGAGACGCAGCGGCAACGGAGGGAGAGCAAGAAACGGUGAAGCGACUCUUUGCACGUCCACAGCGAUCUAUAUCCUACUCCCCUCUCUCCUCGCACGCCUCCUCCUUAUCGUCCUCGCUCGUCUUUGUAGGCGAUGAGGCGGCUGACCACACCCUGCCCAUGGAUAACGAUGAGGAAGGACUUCGAGGCAAGCAGCGAGCGACGACGACGACGACGGCCACCGCCACCACCAAAGCACCCACCUCAUCUCGUGCGGAAGCGAGUCUAAGCAGUCUAUCAUCCAGCUUUGACAUGAGUGUGUUUCAGGAUGCACAGCCACCGGGGUCAGCGACCGCAGACACGCCGCCACCGCCGCCGUCGUUGGCGCUGCAGGGGCAGGACGACACCGUCGUCUUCUACUCGGCACAGAGCAGAACGGAGGAUGACGACUCCUCGCACGUACAACACAGCGCGGAUGUUGACCUCUUAGGCGGUCCGACGAAGCUGGACACCGCACUGGCGUGGUCUUCGUCUUCGGCUUCGCUGCUGCCGAUGGUCCUGAGCACGAACGAUGCCGUAGGAGGCGUAAGUGAGACGCGUGAUGCUGAUGGUAACGCCGAUGCGACGCGGCCUGCACGACACGGCGUGACUGCCUCCCCACAACCCAAAGCAGAAAGGGCAACUGACAUCGGCGGCACCACCACCACCGCCCAUGUACUGCGGCCCUUUGCGUUCUCCAACGUGUCACCUCGCUCGUCAGCGCAGCAGACGCACUUCACAAGUCCGUAUCGUGAACAAGAUCGACAGCAGCAGCAGCAGCAGCACGUGCCUUCCUCCACGGGAGGGCACCUGCGCAUGGGCGGCAGCGUCGGCCGCACCCGCUCCCCCUCCGCCCCCACCGGCCGCUUCUCUUACGGGUGGUUGAAGAAGGUGAACGCAGGGGUCGAGGUACCGCCAUCGGAAGGGGCAGCCGCGGUGAAGAAGUUCCCUGCCCACCCUCUCGCACCGUAUCCCCCGCAUCGACCACCUCUCUUGCACUCCUCGCCCUUCUCUACUCCGCCCACCGCACGCCUCCCUCUUCCGCUGGAGUGCACAGGGGAGCGGUCGGGCAGCAGCAGCAGCAUCAGCCACAGCGGCAGAAGCAGUCCACUGCGCGGGCGUCUGCGUGAGCCGCCGACGUGGCGCUCUCCGCAGCCGCCCCGCUUUGUGACGUCGCUGAACGUCUCCCCUGUGUCUGUGUGGCCAUCGAUGUGGAACAGUAGCGCCCGCAACAACAGAGACGACCGAGAUGGAGAAAUACCCUCCAGUUAUCCGUUGGCGUCACAAACAAAUGUGCUGCCUGCCGUGACGACCAUCACACAUGCCACCGCCGUCCCGGCACUUGUCGCAUCGCAACGUGAGCGAAGCCCUUCUAACUCCUCUGCCUCUACAGCUGUUCUCACGCAGACCUUCACCCAAGCCUCCGCCGGUGCUGCCAGCGCGAACGCGGAUGUGCAAGCGAUGACGCUGAUGUCGCCGCCUCCACAGCCACCGUCCGCCUCCCUCGCCUCACCCACAGCGCGCUUCACGUCUCGUGCGGAGGCGACUCGUCCUGGUCCGAGCGAGGUGGCAAGCCGGUCCUCCACGCAGCUCAUCACGAAGGCUGCCGCCACGCGUCCGACAGCGUCUCCAGUGACCAUGUGGAUCUGCUUAGAUGAGGAGGAGGAGGAAGAGGAAGGGGAAGAGGAGGACACGGCGAUGGCGGGGCAACGGGGUGUUGCAGCGGCCGCCCCAGCCGACGUUAGAGCAGCAGUAUCCACAAGAAGCUAUCCACCGCGUACGCAGAUGAAGUACGACAACGAGCAGACGCGUGUGGAUAUCAAGAGGGAAGGGCAGCGGCAGCCUUCGCCGUUGCGUCGCCGUGCCACGGAGAAGAGUCACCCCAUCGCGGACAUUCUCUCUCCGACGUUUCGCCCACGCCGACGUGCGACGCAGCCGUUUGCUUCACAAACCCGCUCGGUGCGCGUAGACGACUACGCCGCCCGCCCCAACGGUGACGCGCGUCCUCGAUUUUCGAGCCAACUCGAUGACGACGAGGAUGACGAGGGCGACGGUGUCGAGGCGGGAGAGACGCCACCGCGCAAGCGAGCGCGUCUCUCCAGCGUGGCCCCUCCGUUUCCCGGCGCGUCGGUGGAUGUUCUCAGCAAAGACGCCGACGGUUCUGCGCCGCGGAUCAUUGCCGAUGGCGACGACGCGGAGGAACAGGCGCACGAACAACUGCCGAUGGAGGCGGACGCGUUCGAAAGAAAGGGCGAUCUCGCAGCUGCUGCGCAGGCACCUCGCGUGAAACGUGUGCCGGCACGGCGGCUAUCUACGCCGCUGCGGAGUGGGUCAGAGGAGAGUGAAGGAAACAGUCCGUUGAAGCCCACGGUGAAGGACCUCUUCUUUCCGGAGCGGCUGGACCCUGAGCUGCGCCCGUGCAGCCCCUUCAACGAGAGCAUCCACGCCUAUCAGCAACACUACCAGCAGCAGCAGCAACAAGACGCUGAGCUCCAUACAAGGAACACCGGUGACUCCGUGGCGGGCGUGAGGGACGCGAUGCAGUACGUGCCUGAGGCAGCGGAGGGGACAAAGACGACGACGAAGCGCGGCGCGACGGCGACGAUGCAUCGACCUGGCCACAAACGUGCUCGUACAUCGCCGACGAGACGUGAGAACGGCACCGUCGUCCCCCCUGCCCUGCCCGACUGGGGCCGCCCCGCCGACGCCAUCCUGCGCGACUUCUUCCCCAUCAAGCCCACGAAGAAGGUUUUCAUGGCAGCAGCACAGACGGUCAUGUCGCCGCAGCACUUCCUGGAGCCGAAGGACUUCUGGCAGGCUUUCGCUGCGGCGGAGUUCGUCGGGGAAGGCAGCUUCGGCCUCGUCUGGCGCUGCCGCACGGUGGACGGUGACCUCGUCGCCGUGAAGUCCUGCCCCAUCAACCUGCACACGAGAGCCAACAUCGAGGAUUCCUUCUCGACCAUCCGCGAAAUAGCAACGAUGCGCUUUCUAAACGAGAUGCAGGUGCCCUACGUCUUGCCGCUGCACAGCGCCUUCUUCGUGAAGGCGGCGGAGGCGUUGCCACCGCUGGCGCAGGAGGCCCUGGCGUGGCGGCAGCAGCUGCGUAAGCAGGCUGAGGCCGCGGUGCUGGAGAAGGAGGUGGUGCGGCUUGGAAAAGGCCACGGUCAACUCUCGCGGCGCGGUGGGGGUCGUGGUGGCUACCAAAAAAGCCGGCGCGGAGGCGUUACAGCAGCACCAGCGUCAGCAGCAGCGCCGUUGACCUUCGAGCAGCAGGUCACCGCGGAAAUGGAGUGUCAGGCGGCAGCCGAAACGCGAGCGGAAAGGGCGGUCCGAGCACGUCUGGAGCGGGUGCGGCUGCCGCGCUUCUUAUCCAUCACCGAGGACGACCUGCGCCAGAGCGACGCGACGGCCUUCUUGGUGAUGGAGCUGUGUGACGGGGAUGUGGAGGGCAUCCCCCGCAGCGACGGGGUGGCGAAGGGUGUGGUGUACUGCGUGAGCUCCGCGCUGGCGGCGAUGCACGAGCUGGGUCUGCUGCACCUCGACCUCAAGCCGAGCAACGUUCUCUUUGCCUAUGAGCACGGGCCCUCUCAGUCCUCGCCGCCCGCGCCGUCGCACACCAACAUGGACGCUGUUAAGUUUUACCUGUCGGACUUCGGCAACUGCCGUCUUGUCGGGCCAGACCCGCUCGACGAGGUGGCGGAGUCCUUCGGCACCUUCGAGUACAUGGACCUCCGUGCCCUGCAGGACGCCGUGUGCGGACGGCCGACCGACGCCUUCAGCCUCGGCGCGACGCUGUACGAGUUGCUGUACGGCAAGCGGCUGUACCCCAAGUGCAAGAACCCCAAGUGCGCUGAGGAGGACGACCACUCGAGGGAGUGCUUCGUGGAGAUGGCGAAGCGGCCGGUGGUGCUGCCUACGACUAUCACUACUGCUACUACUUCCGCUGCGACGACGACGACGGCACUGCCGUUGCUGCAGCCGCGGCCGGCCGCUGCUGGCCCACCUGAUCGCCCCGCCGUCGCAGCGGAUGCCACGGCCGCCCCCUUCCUCCGUCCAUCGCACCCGCGAGGAAAGAAAAGGAAGCCCGCGCCGGCGACACGAAACAAGGACAGUAGCAGCAUCAGCAACAACAGCGGUAGUGAGACGCUGCAAUCAGCCCGCUCGACUGCCGCGGCGGUGGCCGCCGCCGCGCUGACGCCUUUGCAGUCUCUCACCUUAGCGUUGCUGCGCCAAAAGUGGGCCGAUCGGGCAACCGCCGCGGAGUGUCGGCGGUACCUCAUCGACACCUUCCACAUCACACAGGCGGACGAAGAGGAGGAAGUAUGA